ACGAUAUAGCAACGUUAGGGUUCGACGGGUUCAGCUCAGCCUCAGACACUGAGAGACUUUCUCAAUCUUUCGAAGCCAAACCCCCAAAUUCUCCAAGGGCUUCUUCUCUAAUCUUCCAAUGGCGGCCUUAACCCGCCUAUCCGGAUCUAAUUUCUCUUCUUCCAUGGCUUCCCUAGUAAGGAGGUCCUUAGCUUCAUCAGCUAUGGCAUCGGACCAUAAUCUCAAUUUCCCAUCUGACCAUUCUUCCUUCGCUCGCAACCCCAAUCUCGUACGUAAAGAUCCCAAGGAUAGAAACGUCCAAUGGGUUUUCCUGGGCUGCCCCGGCGUCGGCAAAGGUACUUAUGCUAGCCGCCUCUGUAACCUCCUCGGCGUGCCUCACAUCGCCACCGGUGAUCUCGUCCGCGAAGAGCUCGCCUCCGCUGGUCCCUUCGCACAACAGCUGUCUGAGAUUGUAAACCAGGGUAAGUUGGUUUCAGAUGAAAUAAUAAUAAACUUGUUGUCGAAAAGGCUGGAGGCUGGGGAUGCUAAAGGUGAAUCUGGGUUUAUUCUUGAUGGUUUCCCUCGAACGAUAAAUCAAGCGGAGAUACUGGAAGAGGUCAUCGACAUUGAUUUAGUGGUAAAUCUGAAGAUUCGGGAAGAUGUACUGAUGGAAAAAUGCCUAGGUAGAAGAAUUUGUGGUCAGUGUGGGAAAAACUUCAAUGUGGCAUCUAUUAAUGUCAAGAGUGAGAAUGGGCAUCCUGCAAUUAGCAUGGCCCCACUCCUCCCCCCAGCACAUUGUAUGUCAAAGCUUGUUACUAGAUCAGAUGAUGUUGAAGAAGUUGUAAAAGAACGCCUCAAGAUAUACAAUGAAAAGAGUCAGCCUGUUGAGGAUUUUUACCGUAGUCGAGGGAAACUAUUGGAGUUUGAUUUGCCAGGAGGGAUUCCUGAAUCAUGGCCAAAGUUACUUCAAGUUCUUAAUCUUGAUUACGAGGACAAGCAGUGUGCUGCAGCAUAGUAUUUUACUCUACACUCGGUAUAUGGUAAACAUGACAUUCUUUGCAUGUUAAGUGCAUGCUACAAUUUAUUAAAGAAACCUCAUUUUCCUUUAGAAAAUAAAUUAUUUGAGACCUGUGUAUUUUUUUCAACGGCGGAUGCCCGACUAAAACGUCUGUUUUUAUUUUCUUAUUUUCUUGUUUGAAAGAAGAUUUCUUAAUAUGAUUGUAAUAUUAUGAAAGAUAGGAAGAGAGUAUUUUUUUUUUGUUGGGGGGCUGGUUGAAUAAAGCAAUUUUGUAAUUUUGUGAUACUGAUGUUAACAUUUAGCUUCACUUUCAAUAAGGAGGAUUGUGAACUAUUAUCUGCAGAAUAAUGUUGUAGUUAGUAAAAAUAACAUCUUGGAUGUGCAGCUGGCCGAGCUGGUUGGCUUAAGUAUUGCCAAGCAGUAAAUUUAUUCAGCUGCAGACAUGUAAUUGGGGCACAAAACCAGCUCUUGACUGCAAUAGUUUGAGUGGUGCAAGAUAGAUUGAGCUCUAUAUUUUCACUUGUUUUAUAAUCACAUUUAUGAAUAUUCAGAUCUUAAUCAUUAGUUUGAAAUGUUAUUCUUUACUUGCUGGAAUGUAUGAUAUCUAGUUAUUAGAAUGUAUGGUUUUUGUUCGAGGCAAACUAGUUCAUUAUUAUGAGUUUAAUGAUAAUAAUAACACAAUGAAUGCGCAGCUGGCCGAGCUGGUUGGCUAAGUAUUGCCAAGCAGUAAGUAAAUUCAGCUGCAACAUGAAAUUGGGGCACAAAACCAGCUCUUGAUUGCAGUAGUUUCAGUGGUGCAAGAUAGAUUGAGCUCUACAACUACAUUUUUUAAUUGUCACUUUCAUAAACUUUCAAAGCUAAGAUCAUAAGCAUCAUGACCCUACCCUUCAUCACCUAUAUGGGAAAUGUGGAUAUUUUCUCAUUCUUAAAUUUGUGUAUAUAACAGGCAAUGAUUACCACACAAGGCAAUUACUAGUUUAAAUGGUCAUCGGUAUGUCAACAUAGCAAUUCAUCGUAGUUUAAAAAAUUAUAGGCUUCGCUCAAACAAGUUAUUCCUUGUUCUACUUUUGUUUUCCCAUUGAAUUGCUAUCAUCUCACCAGUUUGAAAUUAUGAUUUUUAUCUCAAGAGUUUAUCAAUAUUUUGUGUUUACGUGUGAUAGAAUAGGAGUCAAGAUUAUUGAAAAAUAUUGGGUGAAUAUUCAGAUAUUCACUUCGUUCUGUGAAGAGGUCGGUCAAAUUUUGUGCUUUGAUCUUUAUUUUAACAGUCUGUACUCUACAUUAUUAUGUUACUUCAUUGUUUCUUGGUUCUUUUUUUAAUUAUUAUUAUCAUAUUCUGUAGUA